AUGCGCCCUUCUCCACACUGGAAUAUGGCGACAAUAAUGAAGAAUAGCGGCAUUACAAAAGACGUACAACAACAUUUGAUACGUGUAUAUGCGACACUGGCAGCUUGUGUUCUCUCUGCGAUGCUCAGCUCUGCCUGCAUGAUAGCUUAUGGCCCGGAACGUUGGUCUUUAAUCGGCUCGUCGAUUGUGUCUACAGUGGGCUCCAUUUGGCUUUACAUUGAACCAGAGCAGCAUUAUACUAGACGAUUUGGGAUUCUUAUGACAAUUUCGGCUGCCAUGGGCCUCACUGUGUCUACACUCGCUGCUGUAGCGAUCAAAGUGGACCCGAGCAUUCUUGUCUCAGCCUUACUAUUGACGACACUGGUCUUCAUGUGCUUUAGUGCAAGUGCUUUGAUUGCUACUCGUCGCUCUUAUUUGUAUUUGGGUGGUAUCCUAAGCUCGGCACUGUCAUUGAUGUUUUUGACAAGUGUGUUGAGUAUCUUCACCUACUCGUCGUUUCUGUUCAAUGUGAAUUUGUAUGGCGGACUCUUUCUGUUUUGCGGUUACGUUGUGUUUGACACGCAAUUUAUCAUUGAGAAGGCAAGCGCGGGAGACAAGGAUGUGCUGAAACACACGCUUGAUCUAUUUACGGAUUUGGUGUCUAUCUUUGUGCGUAUUCUCAUUGCAUUGCUUCGCAAAAACAACGGUGGCAAGUCUUGUGAUAGCCGUCGCUACUAA